AUGGAUGUGCAUAAUGCGUUUCUCCAUGGUGAUUUGGAUGAGGAGGUUUACAUGAAACCACCUCCUGGUUUCAAAACUGAUGAUCCAACGCUUGUGUGUCGCUUGAGGAAAUCUUUAUAUGGUCUGAAGCAAGCGCCAAGGUGUUGGUUUUCAAAGCUGAGAGAUGCUCUUGUCAAGUAUGGUUUUGCUCAGUCCUACUCAGAUUAUUCACUCUUCUCGCGGACAAGGGGAUCAUCGGAGUUGUAUGUCUUGGUUUAUGUGGAUGAUUUGAUUAUUGGUGGCAAUGAUCCCGCUGCCAUUAAGGAGUUUAAAGCUUACUUGAGUGUUUGCUUUCACAUGAAAUAUUUGGGGAAGUUGAAGUAUUUUCUCGGCAUCAAAGUGGCUCGGAACCAGAAGCCAGCCACGUUUCCCAUUGAGCAACAACAUAAGUUGGCAAUAGCGGAGGGUCCGUUGCUUAGUGAUCCAGAGAGGUAUCGGAGGUUAGUUGGUCGGUUGAUCUAUCUUGCUGCCACGCGUCCUGAUUUGGCAUAUACGGUGCAUAUAUUGUCACAGUUCAUGCAGUCGCCUCGCACCGAUCACUGGAAGGCGGCAUUGCGAGCUGUAAGAUACUUAAAGGGGACGCCUGGACAAGGGAUUCUUUUGAAGUCGGAUAGUGACUUUCAGAUACAUGGAUGGUAUGAUUCGGAUUGGGAAGGUUGUCCUUUGACAAGGAAAUCUGUGAGUGGCUGGUUUGUCACUCUUGGCUCGUCACCGGUGUCUUGGAAGACGAAGAAACAAGAAGUUGUGUCUCAUUUUUCGGCGGAGGCAGAGUAUCGGUGUAUGUCGAAAACUUUACGCGAGUUGCAGUGGUUGCGACGCAUACUUGAAGAUCUUGGUGUUGCUCAUGACACUCCUAUGGACAUGUAUUGUGACAAUCAGGCAGCGCUCUACAUCGCUGCUAAUCCUGUCUUUCAUGAGCGCACCAAACAUAUUGAGCGGGAAUGUCAUAGUGUUAGUGACGCUGUGCUCAACAAGACCAUCGUCACAAACAAGGUCAAGACAACGGAACAACUUGCGGAUAUCUUUACUAAGGGUCUUGGCCGAUGGGAGUUCGAGAGUAUCAUGUCCAAGUUGGGAACAUGUAACUUACACGCUCCAACUUGA